CGUGGCGUGGCGUGGCGUGAGGCCCGGCCUGGAGCACAGCUGUGUCCCUGACCCACAAGCGCGUGUCGGAGCUGAAGUUCGACCUGGUGGAGAGCAGAAGGCCCAGCGAGAGAAUUGAGAAGCUGACGCUGUCGAGCGCGCAGGCCAGUGGACCGAGGCGGAGCAGUUGCGCGGCCAUCUAGUAAUGGCCAUGCAGAUGCAGCUUGAAGCAAGUGCAGACACUUCAGUGGAAGAAGAAAGCUUUGGCCCACAGCCUAUUUCACGGUUGGAGCAGUGUGGCAUAAAUGCCAAUGAUGUGAAGAAAUUAGAAGAAGCUGGAUUCCAUACUGUGGAGGCUGUUGCCUAUGCACCAAAGAAGGAGUUAACAAAUAUAAAAGGAAUUAGUGAAGCCAAAGCUGAUAAAAUUCUGGCUGAGGCAGCUAAAUUAGUUCCAAUGGGUUUCACCACUGCAACUGAAUUCCACCAAAGGAGGUCAGAGAUCAUACAGAUUACUACUGGCUCCAAAGAGCUUGACAAACUACUUCAAGGUGGAAUUGAGACUGGAUCUAUCACAGAGAUGUUUGGAGAAUUCCGAACUGGGAAGACUCAGAUCUGUCACACUCUGGCUGUCACGUGCCAGCUUCCCAUUGACCGAGGUGGAGGUGAAGGGAAGGCCAUGUACAUCGAUACUGAGGGUACCUUUAGGCCGGAACGGCUCCUAGCAGUGGCUGAGAGGUAUGGUCUCUCUGGCAGUGAUGUUUUGGAUAAUGUUGCAUAUGCUCGAGGGUUCAACACAGACCACCAGACGCAGCUCCUUUAUCAGGCAUCAGCCAUGAUGGUUGAGUCCAGGUAUGCACUGCUUAUUGUAGAUAGUGCCACCGCCCUCUACAGAACAGACUACUCCGGCCGAGGAGAGCUCUCAGCCAGGCAGAUGCACUUGGCCAGGUUUCUGCGGAUGCUUCUGCGCCUUGCUGAUGAGUUUGGUGUAGCUGUGGUAAUCACCAACCAGGUGGUAGCUCAAGUGGAUGGAGCAGCUAUGUUCUCUGCAGAUCCUAAAAAACCUAUUGGAGGAAACAUCAUCGCUCAUGCAUCAACAACCAGACUGUACCUGAGGAAAGGAAGAGGGGAAACCAGAAUCUGCAAGAUCUAUGACUCUCCCUGUCUUCCUGAAGCUGAAGCUAUGUUUGCCAUCAAUGCAGAUGGAGUGGGAGAUGCCAAAGAUUGAGUCGUUUUUUUUCCCCUGUGGUGAACUUUUAAGUGCUGCAGCCUAAUGGAGAGGACUGCUCCCUAGAGUUCCUCACAAGCCUUUUCCUAUUGUGUCUGCAAUACAGGGUUUCCGGGACAACACCUAUUGUACCAGCUUUUCUGAUGGUGUAAACAGGAACCAGGGGAGUACUCACAAACUGAUCUGUUUAUUCCUUCUGGAGUGUGUUGAUCUCUGGGAUUCCUUUGUGCCUUGGGACAAACUGAUUCAGUUCUGACAGCUGUCUAUUGGACAGUCUUUGAUCUCCAAGAGAACGAAAGCUGGGGAGAUCACUUCUGAAUAAUGGUAAACUUAAAACACCUGAGAUCUAUGGCCAGGUGAAUAGGGAAUGGGCCUCGUCACAAAUUCUUUUUCUCUAUCACAAACUCUGCUGUCGAUCAGAAACAAGUUUUAAAGUUGUAUACCUGAACUCCCCUGUGAAAACUUGUUUUUGGUUAAGGGGUCUUACACAAGGCCUAUAAGGCCAUCAUCCCUUCCUCAUUUGCUUGCUUGGUCAUCGUCUUAGUGCUAAAAUUAAAUAGAAUUCUGGAAUCUGAAGCAAUGCAGAGGCUGUGUAAGCAGAUUUGGUGUGAGGCUAAUAUAAUAGUUAUUUGUAGCCAAUAUUCUCUCUGUAGGAGUCAUUCUAGCACAAGCUGCACUUCAAGAUAGGUUACCAUAAUAUCUCACUGGGUAGUGGUGAUCAGUUUUCUAUUGCUGUGAAACUUAAACUGGUCAGGCAUGAUGGUGCAUUCCAGUAAUUCCAGCACUCAAGAGGCUAAGGCACAAGGGUUAGAGUUUGAGGCCAACAUGGGCUACAUAGUGAUUUCAAGGCCAGCCUGAACUACAUAGUAGUAGCCUGUGUCCCCACUCCUUCCAAACAAAAGGUUUGAAAACUAAAAAGGAAGACCUAACCUUCAGAGAUUGAGCUUGAAUCCUUUAUUGUAAUGGAAAGUAUUAUAUGAUCAAUCUAGGGGCUGGGGAUUUAGCUCAGUGGUUUUGCCGCCUGCUGCGCAAGCACAAGGAUCCAAGUUCAAUCCCUGGUACCAAACAAAAAAAAAUCUACCAUAGAUUUCCUGUGGCCUUUGAUUUUUUGACAUGGGAUCUGUGUUGCCUAGGCUGGUCUUGAACUCCUGGGUUCAGGGGAUCCUCCUAGCCUCCAGAUUGUUGGGAUUAUAGGCACAUGCCACUGCUCCUAGCUAUGGCCUUUUUUAUUUCUAUAAAUCUUAUGUUGAAGUCUGGCACUUUUCUGCACCAUCCUAUUUCAGAAGUUUAAAGUGCUUCUUUUCCUCCCCUUCAUAUUUCUACUUGGGAUGGAUUUUAACCAGCUCUUUUCAAUUUCAAAGGCCCUUUCAGCUAGUGUUGGAAAGAGGGGCACAGAUGGUCUGCUGCUGCAUGUUGAUUACCACCCCACCCCACCCCUGUAUGUGGGGAGACACAAAUCAGUUUAAUGCAGCUAUAUUUUAAAAGCAGUUCUGUUCCCUGGAUUUGAGAGAACUGCCUAGGUGUGGUGGGUGCGCACCUUAUCCCCAGCUACCCACAGAGGCUGAGGCAUCUUCACUGGUUAGGAUUUCUGAUCUAGAGGUGUUCAAGCAAGGUGUUCAGUAACCAUCCAGAGUUUGUCUAGGCUUUGGGUAACAAAAGUUUUACUCUAUUGAAUAUAUCUCAGGUCUUUUUGUUUGCAUAAAAUAAACUUGGGUUGCUAUAAUAAAGCCACAUGACAGAU